AUGGCGAUCCCUAUAGCCAUCUUGGACUGUGAUCUUCUCUUACACGGUCGAGGCCACAAGACACUGGACCGCUUUGACCUGGACUCUGUCCCUGACGAGUUCCUCCUCACGCACUUUGGCUUCCCCCGAGACUUUAUUCUGUAUCUGGUGGAGUUACUCAGAGAGGCUCUCUGCAGACGUACCCAGCGCUCCAGAGCCAUCAGCCCUGAGGUCCAGGUGUUGGCUGCUUUGGGCUUCUACACAUCUGGCUCCUUCCAGACAUCUAUGGGAGACACGAUAGGGAUCAGCCAGGCGUCAAUGUCGAGAUGUGUGUCUAAUGUGACCAAAGCCCUGGUGGAAAAGGCUCCACAGUUUAUCACCUUCAACAGAGAUCCUUCCACCACAGAGCAGUCCCUCCAGCAGUUUCAGAGAGUGGCAGGAUUUCCAGGAGUUCUCGGGGUGCUGGACUGUGUUCAGGUUUGAGUUAUUAACAGUGGUAGAAUGUAACUAAAUG